GGUGGCUCGCGGGGCCCGGGGUCCCUGUGGGGUCCCCGCUAAAAGCUGCAUGCUGACCCCUGCAUGUGUGGGGCAGGCGGUGGGCGCUGCCGCCGAGCUGCGCGGGCCGGGGGGACAGGGCAGCACCUCCGUUCCCGGGGCCAGCAGGCGCGGGCCGGGUGCCGGGGGAAGGCUGCCCGCUCCCCGCCACCGGCACCCACCAGGCACCGAGCCCCGCGCACACGUCACAGGAGCGGCGGGAGUCGCGGGUGAGGAGGGCUGGGGGCUGCAGUGUCCGUGAGCUGUCUGUGUGUGCUGACGUUGCUAGCUGUCUGUCUGGCUGUGCGGCUCCCGGGAGCUGUGGGGUUGGUGUCCCGCGGCUGAGCGGCCCCGAUGCCUGGUUGGGAUGGGGGGAUCGGGACGUGGCUGAGGGGUGACCGGGCACUGUUUGCACCUCGGGGCGUGUGGCUGCGGGGCUGGGGAUGCUGGAGCAGGAGGAGGUGGAACAGCGCUGGGAGGAGAGCUGGGCUGGGGAGCUGCUCCAUGCCUGUCCUGCCCUGGCUCCGGGACGGCGCUGCCCCCGGCUGGUGACACCCCAGGUUUUGGGCUGUGUGGCAAUGGAGGGUUUUGUUCUGCCUCAUCGGGCUCCUCUGCGCCUGGUGCUCGCCCACAGCGCGGCCGCGCAGCAGCGAGUGGGUCCUGCGGGCUGCGGGGCCUCGGGCCAUGGCCGGGGCUGGUUGCAGGGCACAAAGAGGAGAGGGUUUUGAUCACCAAGAUAUAAGAGGGAGUGGGAAGCCCCCCCGCCUUGGCUACCUGCAAUGGUGGCUCCUCUGCUUUAUCACCCUCUCCUGGUGCUGAAUUAUUGAGAGUGUUGCUUUCUUUUAUUGCUGUGCUGGAGGAGAAAUGCCUCAGCCCAGCUCUGCUUUGAAUAUGAUUACGGGGCUGGAGAUGUCAGAGCCAGCUGGGCCCCAGAGACUGAUCUGCCACCCUUCUCGCUCCUCUACCUUCCCUUAUUCUUAUUUAUUCCCUUGCUCCCGCACCUGGUUCAGCGCACACGGUCCCCUCGCGCUCCUGUGCCGAGCGGUGCCCCGGGAGGACGGGAGAUUUACUGCCUGACCAGCGGCACUGCCGGGGGCUCUUUCCCCCGGGGGACCCAUCUCGCCCCCAGAGCCCCCGGUCCCACGAGCCGCCGCGCUGCGCUGGCUGCAGGCAGAGCCCACGCAGCGCUGGUCCCUGCGGACCCCCUGCCUGUCCGCUCGCCUCCCGUGUGGGACCUUGGCCAGUCCCCUGGCUCUCCCCUGUGGGAUGGGGUGUCUGUGCCGGCAUCUGCCAGGGUGUGCUGGGGGCUCAAGAUGUGGCCGCUGCCCCCGUGUUGGUGGGGACUUCUGGGUGCCCUUCCUGUGCAGACCGUGGCAGCCACAUCCCGUGCUGCAGGGCAGGUGGCUCGUGCAGGGACUGUCCUCAGUGUUCCCACACAUGUGCAGUGGGGGCUGCUGGCUCAGACCCCUGCGGGCCACAGCUUGGCCGCAUCCUGCAAAGGGGGGAUGCCAGAACCCACAACAGCCCUUCCCAGCACGGCCUGCCGGAUCCCGGCUGAGCACCCCUGCUGGACCCCGCUGGGCACCCCUGCCUCCCGGAGCAGGGCUGGGGAGCAGGCGGCUGUGCAAACCACCGCCUGCCGUGGGGGCCAGGAGCCGCUGGCACCUCGCAGGUUAACCACGAGAGCGGCCGGUUCCCUUAUUGACAGGGUAGCUUGAAAAAUGCUGAGGCAGGACAUCAUCUACUCGGAGUGUCAGCGCGGAGCCCACGCUGCGGAGCCCACGCUGCCGGGAGCGCACCCGCUGCCGCUGAUCCCCCCAGGCCCAGCCUGGCCCCCGACCCCCCGGGUGCUCCAGCUGGGGAGCAGGUCGGCUCCGCCUGCACACUCGCCCUUUCCUUUGCUCUUGAAGACGCCAGACAGGAUUUCAGCUUUAUCCCGCCCUCUCCCGUUUUCUCUCUGGGGUGAAUAAGCCCCUGCCCGGCUGUGCACCCGGGGCUGCCCCAGCCAGCCCAGCGGCAGCAUGUCAGACACCGGCAGCCGGCUCUGAAGGUCGGCGGCCUGCGGUGAGUGGCUGCGCCGUGCCGGGAGGGAGGUGAGCGCAGGGCACCCAGCGUGCUGGCCCCGGGCGCUGGAGCGGACAGCGAGCGCCGGGGGAGCGGCCCCGCCGAGGAGGAGCGGCGCCCAGCGCAGCCAGCAUCAGGGAGCACCCCCUAGAUCCCCGCAGCCCCCGGCUGCUGAGAUGAUGAUGUAUUUUUGGGUAGGUACCGCCACCAAGAGCGGGCAUUUCCCCUCCCUCUCUGCCGAGGUUUUGCUCAGGUUCGGGGGUAUUUUUUGCCGUGGUUACUUCCCAGCUGAGCUGCCGGGCAGGGAGACCUUUCCUUCUCGGAUGCGGUGCUGCCUGCCCCAUGGUUUGCGGGCAGGGGCCGGGCUGUGAUGCUGGAGGCCAGGCCGGGCAUCGGGGAGGAGCGGGGCAGGGCAGGGCGGGCAAGGCUCUGCCUGGGCACCGCGGCCUCGUCCCUGCCCGCAGGCAGCCCCAGCCCCCCAUCCUGCCUCCCCUCCGCCCCCCUGAGCCCCUCGGUGCUGGCCGCAGGCAGCAGCCCCCUCACCUGCACACAAACAGCCCCCUGCCCUGGUCCCCUCUCGGCUGCGUGGGGUCGGGUGCGUCUCUGCUGCCGGGGAGCGGUGGCUCCAGAGCUGGUCCCGGGGGCUGCGCUGCCCGCGGGGUGCUGAGGUGAGGGGGCUGCUGGGCACAGCAGCCUCUCUCGCCAGGGGUUUGUCCUCCACAGGUGCCCACCCAGGAUCUGGAGGCUGCUUGCGGGGCAGGCUCCAGCCUUGUAUCUCAAGCUUGAAGUCGGUGGCCAAGGCCACUGAGAUCCCCGCGGGGACCCCGCGGUCCCACUGUGGCACUGCGGUCCCUGCUCAGGCGGUUUGGAGCGUGCAGUGCUGCGCGGUUACGGGGGUUACGUGCUCCGGGGAGCAGAGCAGACAGAGCUGUGUGAAGGGGGAUGUGGGGAAAGGAGCUCACGGGGCAGAGGAGGAUAACGCUAAUUCAUUGUUUCUCAGGGGAGUGGCUUUCAGGCGUAAGGUGCUUUGUCACGAGAGAUGUUGGUGCAGCCGCCGGUCAGGAGCCCAUCGGGGCUCGCAGAACCUUCUCCUGCCAGGCGUUAAUUCUGCCCAGGGACGGAUCGAGCCGCCAUGGCUGUGAAAGCAACUGCUCUGGAGCUUCUGCCCGCGGCUCCGUAGGCGCCGGGUGGGCUUGCAGGGCAGCGGUGCCCGGUGCCUGUCCCCUGGGAGCUCCGAGCGCCGCUCCCCGCAGCACGUUUGCAGCUGGGGGCACCGCGCAGGGUGUCCCGUCCCCAUCCCGGGCAGCACACGCAGCCAGCAAACCCAGGGUGGCCGCGUUUUGGCAUCGUGCGGGGCACAGCAACGUCCCCGGUGCUGCCGGAGCGGGGCCAGCGAGGGCUUUGCUCCAGCAGAGCGGCGUUUCUGGCGCUGCGGGUGUCCGUGUGUCGCGCAGGGUUCGGUUCCCUGCGUGGCGGGCGCGUGGCCGCUGCGGGGAGCCCUGCGGUGGCGGGCGGCAGCGGGUGGCUCGGUAAUCGGCACUGCAACAGGCUGAGAUGCCAAAGCAGAAUGUCUUCAAAUUAGCAGUAAUUGCAGGCGAAAUAAAGAGCAUGUAGGGCGAGUGGAAGGACGGUUCUAUAAAUAUUAUGAUUUUUAAAGUUUGCCCUGGAGUCCUAGAGCCUGUUUAAACGCUAAUAUCCUGUCUGUGCAUUUAAAAAGCCUUAUAAUGAGGAUUGAGUGUCUCCUUCCAGAGUGCUCCCCCUCUGCCUCGUCCCGGUGUCCGGCACCGGCAGUGCCGCGCACGCCCCUGCUCUCACCGGCGCCCAGGGGCUGGGGGGUGUUUUCUUGGGAGCCCCUUGUUGGGCAGCAGGGCUGAUCUCAGGGCAGGGUGGCUCUGGGAAUGCGGCGUUUGCAGUUGGUCAUGUCUCAUGUCACCCUCCAUCAUUCCUGCAUCACCCUCCAUCCCACGCCGGCCCUGCAGCAGCCCUGGCAGCACCGGUGCCAGCGUGCUGCCGAGCGCGGUGCAGCCAUUUCACCUGCCGGUGCUGCCCCCUCGGCCCAGGAGCUCGAGGUGCUUGGCAGCAUCAGUUCUGCCACAGUUCUGCUGCCUGCACGAUCAUUCUCGUUAAAUCUAGGGAGCCUAAUUGCCAUUUCAUGUAAAUAUUUUGUCAAGUGGAGGUUUUUCCAGGCGGGGCCGCGCUGGCUGAAGGGGAAGCAGCCACGCGCUCUCGCUGCUGCGGUGACAAGUUCCUGCUUGUCCUGCCCAACACAGGUGUGAACCGUGUGACCGGGGAGCUGCCCGUGUCCCGCGGCGAGCGCAGGGCUCCUGCACGGCCGGUGCCGUGUUUGCUCGUGCCGGGUGAUGGGGACACCGGCUCCCCUGCUUGCGCAUCCCGCGGGGCGGCUGCGGCACAGGUGUUUGUGGGGUGCACCGCGGGCUGGCCCCGGGCCGGCCCGGCUGCUCCCGCAGCGCUGGCGGCUCCGCACGGGCGUUGAAGCAUCUCCUCAUCCCCGUCCCAUCCCCCCGCGGCAGCGAGGAAAGUUUCAGCGAGAUGGUGUUUUUCCUUCGAUCCCAUUAAACUUUCAUGCGCUUGCUCUGCAUUCCCGCUCCCCUCCUGGCUGCCACAGCUGCUGUCCCAGAUACUUGCCAUGUGUCGGUCGGGUCUCCUCACCUGGUGAGGUCAAACCCAGGUGCUGGUGGCACCGCUGCCCCUGCCUGGGCUCUGUGACCUCCCGGCCGCUGUGGCAGCCCCGGGGCCGUGGCAGCACAGGCGCUGGGAAGGUGCAGAGCGGACAUUUUCAGUACAAUCUCCAGCUUCUUUGGAAGUUCAGAGUCAGGGGAGCUCCAGUGAUCCCCCAGGAGCCACCAGAAGAGGAGGAAGGAGCCGGGGAUGAGUGGGAGGGAGUUAACCGGGUGUCCCUGGGGAGCUGGGGCAUCCUCCCCAACGCCCCCCGUGCUCCCGGGCACCCCUGUGCCGCAGCAGGGCUGCCCCGCAAUGGCCCCCGUGCCUGCGGUUAAACACGGGUGUCCGCGAGGUGAGGCGAGAAACCAGGGAGCUGUGAGAGGCUGCUCGACUGCCUCCGGAGAUGGGCGGCUGUGGGCAUUCGGGGCGGCUCUGGGCACUCAGGGUAGUUGUGGGCACUCAGGGCAGCCAUGGCCAUUCAGGGCGACUGUGGUGCUGGGACGGUGCGAGCCGGGCUGGCCGGACUGUUUGCCGUGGUGCGGCGGGGCUGGCGAUGCUGGUGGCAGGAGGAAGCGCUGUGGUUUGUGCUGGUGUGGGGUGUUCUGUGCUGGCAGGUCCUGCGGUUGGGGACCCUGCCUGGGAGCCACCAGCUCCUCCUGCUCGCUGGUGCCCGGCGCGCUCUGGAGAGGCGUCCCCAGCCCAGUCCCGCCUGGCGCUCUCACCUGUCACCUCUGGUCCCUUCUCGCUGUCCUGGUCUGUGCCAGCACGGCACAUGGCACCUUCCCCUUGUUUCACGAUAGCUCGAAUCCAUCAGCGCUUUCAUCUAAUCACUUUAUGUCUAUGACUAACUACUAAUGAGCUUUUAAUUAAUGAGUGCCAUGGCUUAGGGGCAUUCUGGAGCGGGUGGGAGGAGAGGACUAGACGGGUGCCCCGCUCCCUGGGUGCUGCGGGGCCACUGGUUCUGCACCGCAGGCUGACCCUGGUCCUCGCGGUGGCGGCUGCGCCGUGGCCAGCCCGCAGCGCCGUGUGGCAGCUCUCCCAGCUCGCACCGCGGCUGUGCCCGCGGGACCACAGGGGCCCCGUCACACACCAGAUGUUUGCAGCCCCCCCCAGGUGUGCAGUGCGUGCCCAUGGCGCAUCCCCGGCAGGUCCAUGGACACCAUGGUGUGCCGGUGGGGCCGAGCGCUGCGCUCCGGGAUUUCCUGCUGCACCCACGCAAGGCUGGGCUGGGGGCCGGACGUGGCGUUUGGCCCAGGCCGCUCCGGUCCUGGUGCCGUGCUGUUCUCCUGCUUCCAGAAAACAAAACCAAGGAGCCCUCAAGGGUUCAUUUAAAAUAAAUAAAAAGUGAAAAUAGUGCUGAUUUGAAGGAAAGCCAGCCCCAUCCUGCGCAGGGGAGCGCAUCGCCAACCCAGCCCCGAAGGGCAGAGAGAGAGAUGCGCUUAGAACUGCAGCCCUGUGCAACUUCUGCCUUUGAUCAUAUAUCUUACAUGUGCCCUUUGCUUUCCUUCGUCUGAUAUUUAUUAGGUUUAAUUUUACUGGGACGCGGUUGUAAGUGAGACAGAUGGAACGGGGUCUGUGCGCCUGGUGAACACAUCUUAAUUAAACAGAUAAAUAAACUUUCAUUCCAGGAGAUUUCAAUUUUGGAGGGGCUCCUCCGGGGCUGCGGCUCGGCGGGGCUGGGCACCGUGGAGCUGCUCCGGCACAGCCCUGGUGCCACCGCCACUGCCAUUGGCCGGGGCUGCAGCGCAGUGUCACUGCCGGCACAGCCGGGAGCAGCAAGGCAAGUGGGAGCAGCCGGUGGUGACCAGGGAUGUGUCCCCUACCGGGGAGCCGCCUGACGGAUUGGCACAUCUCAGCCAUGCCGGUGUCCCACGGGAGCUGCCAUGAGGACAGCUCUGUGACCAGCAGAUGUUGGUGAUGGCUGGAGGGGAGAGAGAGGAGACUCCACCGCUCAGCUCCCAGAGCUGCGGCUGGAUCGCCCGCCCCGGGCUGUGUGUCCUGGGGAAGCGGGGCCGGUUCCCGCUGGGGGCAGUGGUGCAGAGGGGCUGCACCGGCGGGGCGCGGUGGCUGCCCAGCCCGUGGCUGCCAGCCCGGACCUCCCUGCGCCGCGGGCAGCUGGCGCUGGCUGUGCCAGGGCUCGUGGCACUGUCACCAGCCAGGAGCACCUUUGAGUCACCCUGCCUGGAGCCAGGCUCUGGCGUGGGGGAGGACGGGCAGAUUACCUCAUCCUGGAGCUGGCUCCCGGCUCACGUGGUUGGCUUGCUUGGGCACCGCAAGCCCUGAGCGUCGGGCCGUGCCCUUCCCUUUUCACCUCUAUCCGGUAGCAGUGCAGGAGCUGUGGUGGGGCCAGACCAGCACAGGGCUCCUGGGGAUGUCCCGCGUCCUGUGCCGGGUGCUGUGUGGUGCUCGGGUGCACGGGGGUGCCUGUGGGGCCCCUCUCCCCACAGCUCUCUGAGGGGUGGUGGGAAGACAUGGAGCCCACAGGGAGAGCGCGGCACCGGGGCCGGGGAAGUCCCUGGGGAAGGGGAGCCGGAGGCGAGCGGGGAGCGUGGGGUCUGAGCACCGAGAUGUGCAGGACGGGCCGCAGCGCCGGGGUCUUUGGGGGUCCCUCGGGAGCUGGAGGGUGAGCGGUGAUGGUGGGACAGGGGUUGGUUCACUGCAGCUCCUCGCAGGGAGCGGCAGCCGGAGGGUGCUGUCGGUAGCCAGUGUCACUGCCAGACUCCUUUGGACUCUCGGUAUCGUGGAGCGGUGGUGAGAAGAAACCCUCCCCCAGCCCGGCAUCCACUCCCCCGUUUGGCACCUUGCGGUCCCUUUGGAGCGCGGUCACCCCGGCAGCAGGACCCCGUGGGGGCUGGCGCCCCUUCCCGCCGCUGCCGCUUCUCCAGGGUGGCUGUUCCCGAGGUGUUUGUUCCCGCCGGGUCUGCGGGUGGCUCCGGGCCGGCUGUGCCACAUGCUGCUGCUGUUGAGCGUCUGCAGCAGAAACGGGAACUGCUGCGAGUGUACCAGGACACUGCAGCAUGUCGCUCUGUCUGGGGAUACUGUGGAAAAUCCCAGCCUCCAAACAGGGCUGGUCGUGUGCUGGAGGCUCCGGCAGAGACGGAGCAUCAGCAGCUGCUGGCACAGACCUGCCUUUGUGCAUCACAUUUGGCCAAGAUGGAAACUGAACUGAGCCCAGGUUUUGUUUCCCACAUACCCAAGCACAAUGCCGCCCCGGCUGCCUUGGUGCUGGCCGUGGCUCUGGAGUUGGGUGCGAUGCAGCACCAGCGGUGCAGGGUGCUGGGCAGGGACCCCCUGUGCCAAAACCAGCUCUGUGGCACCCAAGGGUGCUGGGGCUGCCGUGGGGCUGCGAUGGAAGGACAUGCGAGGUGGGACAGGAGACCCGAAUGAGCACACGUGUGGCCUCACUGGCUGUCCCCUGCAGGCCCCGGCGUGCGGGCUAUUGCCAGGGCAGCUGUGGCAGGUGUGCGUGGUGCUGGUGUGUCAGGGCCGCUGGUGGCACCGGCAGGCCAGUCCUAAAUGCAAAAAUGCCUCUUGAGCUCCGUGGAGGCCCAUCCCCUGCCUGCUGCUGGCUCGGGACAGAGGGUCCCUGUUACGGGGCAGGGCGCUCUGUGUCACCCCGGGGUGCUUGGGGGUGGCAGGUGGGGCUGGAGCCAGCCCUGCCCGGGGCUUGCACGGCUUUGCUCUUGGGGGGCUGAGCUGCCGGUGCCCGGGGAGUGCAGGCUGCGCCGGGGCCACGGCUCCUGUCGGGAAGGCCGGCGAGCUGCGGCCCUGCGCCGCGGUGCGUGUCUGCGGUGCGUGUGUGCGGGGCUGCAGGCUGAGCAGGUGUGUGCCGCUCGGGAGGCGGGGCUGGGCUGCUGCAUGGCUCCCUGCCCGGCCCGCCCGCGCGCCCCGCGCUCGGCGUGGUGCGUGUGCACGUGUGCGGCUGUGUGUGCGGGGAGCCCCGCGCCGCCCGCCGAGCCGCUGCCAUCGCGGGGCUGCGCGCCUGCAAGUGCCGCUGCUCGGCACGGCUUCCCGGGGCACCCGCGUUGCAUCACCGAAACUCCCGACCGUGCGCUCAGUGCCAGUGUCUAAUGGCACCGAAGUGAACAGGCGAGCGCUGCUCCCGGGGCGCGCGGCGCGGCCGGCCUGCCGCCGAUGAAUCCCUCCUAAGUCGCGCCGAGGGGUCGGGAGGGCCGGCCGAGGAGGGGAGAGCCCGAGGGGCGAGCCGGGAAGAGGAGGAUAGCGCUGUGCGGAAGAGGACGGACCCGCAAGCAGCUUCACGGCUACCUGUCGACACAUGCUGUGCUCCAUGGCUAACUCGGGCUGCCUCCUUGUCUCCAACUCAGGCAUGCUUCCUCACUCUCUCCCCUGCCCUCCAGCCUUCCUCUACCUCCAACAGGGUAACCAGGACGCCACGGCUCCGCCGGACGCGAUGGCUCAGCCCUACCCCCCGGCCCAGUACCCCCCGCCCCCCCAGAACGGGAUCCCCGCAGAGUUCGCGCCGCCGCACCCCCACCCCACGCAGGACUACUCGGGGCAAAGCACAGUGGCGGAACACGCCAUGAGCCUCUACACACCAGCACAGAGCCACGCCGAGCAGCCGGGCACCGACGCCAGCACACAGUCCAUCGCAGGGACGCAGACGCAGACAGACGAGGCGGCACAGACAGAGAGCCAGCAGCUACACUCCUCAGACACCACAGACAAGCAGCAGCCCAAGAGGUUACAUGUCUCCAACAUCCCCUUCCGAUUCCGGGACCCCGACCUGCGGCAAAUGUUCGGGCAAUUUGGGAAGAUCCUGGACGUGGAGAUCAUUUUCAAUGAGCGGGGCUCCAAGGGUUUUGGGUUUGUAACUUUUGAAACUAGCACAGAUGCCGACCGGGCACGGGAGAAGCUGAAUGGCACCAUCGUAGAGGGCCGGAAGAUUGAGGUGAACAACGCCACGGCCCGCGUCAUGACGAACAAGAAGGCUGCCAACCCCUACACCAACGGCUGGAAGCUGAACCCGGUGGUGGGAGCAGUCUAUGGCCCAGAGUUCUACGCAGUAACAGGGUUCCCGUACCCCGCCACGGGGACAGCCGUGGCCUACCGAGGGGCGCACUUACGGGGACGAGGACGUGCUGUCUACAACACCUUCCGGGCCGCACCGCCGCCGCCGCCCAUCCCCGCCUAUGGCGCGGUCGUGUACCAGGACGGGUUCUACGGGGCCGAGAUCUACGGGGGCUAUGCUGCCUACAGAUACGCGCAGCCGGCGGCAGCAGCGGCAGCGUACAGCGACAGUUACGGCAGAGUGUAUGCAGCGGCAGACCCGUACCACCACACGAUCGGCCCCGCCGCCACGUACAGCAUCGGCACCAUGGCUAGUCUAUACCGAGGAGGGUACAGCCGCUUCACUCCCUACUAGCAAGACAGACCCAGCCCCUCCCUCCACUAACACUGGCUGCCCAGUAGCACCAAACCCAGCCAGGCAGCCAGAGCCGAGGCCGAGCUCUGCAGGAACCGUGGGCGCUGCCCAGGCUGGGCUGGGCUGGGCUGGGCUGGGCUGGGCUGGGCUGGGCUGGGCUGAGCUGGGCUGGGCUCCACACAGCCCCACAGCCCCCGCCCGUAGGGUUUCCUCGAGCCGCUCCGUCCCGCCGCCCACGUCUCCCGCACCAUCCGCCUGCCCCGCACGUCCCUGCGCCUCGGUGCUGCCGAGAGCCGCGGGGCCCGGGGAGCGGCGCUGACCCUCGGCCCCAGCAGCGCCCGCUCCUGGAGCCGGGGGCCCCAGGCAGCCUCCCCCGGCCCGAGCCCCAGUGGGCGCUGCCCUGGCUGGGGGUCAGAGGGCUCGUCCCCCGUGAGGCAGGAGGGGCUGCUCUGCCCACAGGCACCCCCGGAGCAGCCCCUCUGCCCCCCCGUAGCAGAGACAGGAGCUGGCGGGGGCUACUGCGUGCUCCUCGGAGCCAGAAGCUGUGGGGCAGGGGGCUGGCAGUGC